CUGACUCUCUAAUGGAGCAUAAGACAGUGAGAUCUCCUCAAGUACUCAUCUUCUUUAAUCUGUCCAUCAGUCCUUUGGGUUAGAUUCAGCCAAAGAUCUCGAACAAGGAAGCAAGAUGUCGGCCUGCCGUUUGAUCCUCCUGUCCGCCGUGGUGGUGCUGCUGAGUGCAGUCACAUUCACUGAAGGGAUGCGUUUCACGGGCACCAAAAACGUCUGCUGCUACUCCUUCCACCCACGUCCACUGAAGGCCAUCAUGGUGACCAGCUACAGCCAGACCAGCCCGCAGUGCACAAAACAGGCCGUACUGUUCAGAACCAGGAAGGGAAAGGAUGUGUGUGCCAAACCCACUGACGCCUGGGUGAAGGAGCUCAUCAAGGUUUUGGACAUCAAGUCAGGAAACCAGGGAUCCAUAUAAUCCUGUUGACCCUGUUGAUUGUCAUCGUUAUCAUCAUGAUCAAAUUCUAUGAUGGGUUUCGAGCAGAUUUGCACAAACUCUAAUGAUGUACAAAUCUCUGAAAUGCCACUAACAAUUCACCACAUAAAAGCUACCUAUUACGCACUGAAUGUUCUCUCAAUGAAUGUUACAAUUUUUUCUUUACUUUUUUGGGGGAGUGUAUUCUAUUUUUGACCUUUUAUUGUCAUUUAUUUUAUUCAAAUUGUGACCUUAUUUGUGUAAGCACUGAUAAAUGAAACGUUCAUGCUCUAUGUUUAUUAUAUCUAUUAACAUAUGAUAUGUGGAAACUAAAAUGUUUAAAAAAAAUAAAAUGAAGAGAUGCAAACA